AUGUUGGGCCUGUCCAAAAUCGCGGCAAUGGACCACAGGGCCCAAUAAAACCAGCCCAGUAGCCUAUCCGUGAAACAGUGCUGUAUUAGCAUCAUCAUCAUCGCCAAAGAUGAAGGCAGCUACGUCUACUUGCUUCAUGCUCACCGCAGAGCUGCGCUCCCUAUGAACAUUUGAUCAUCAUGGUUGCUUCUUUGCUGCUCAGGGGGCAUCCUCUCAUUCGGUUAGGGCUCAGGAACCGCGGGCUAUGUGCUGGGAUCGUGCAGGUGACUCGCCGGUCUUGCUGCACUGCGGUGCCGGCGUCUACUCCACCGGGCGGCGGCUUAUCAUCUGCUGAAAAUACUACAUCUGUACUGAGUGCCACUGACCCACCGAAGUACCAAAGGUGGAAUGAGCCUGGUUAUAGAAAGUGGAAGAAUCAGGAAGAGGAAAUUCUCAGCGAUAUCGACCCUAUCAUAUCCCUCACAAAGGAGAUCCUCCACUCCAAUAGGUAUGUCGAUGGGGAGCGAUUGACAUUUGAGGAUGAGAAAAUUGUGGUUGACAGGCUUCUAGCUCAUCAUCCACAUGCUGAAGAUAAAAUUGGAUGUGGACUUGAAUCCAUUAUGGUCGAUCGGCACCCCCAAUUUCGGCACUCCAGAUGCCUCUUUGUCAUAAGGACCGAUGGUGGAUGGAUUGACUUCUCGUAUCAAAAGUGUCUUCGGGCAUAUAUCCGAAAUAAAUACCCAUUAUAUGCAGAGCGGUUUAUUCGGGAACAUUUCAAACGUGGUAGUUGACGAAUUUAUGCUAGCCUUGAUGUUAGCCUGUGGAUAUUUGUUCUGGUUAAGAGUUGCAUAUGAAUGAUUAAAUGUAUUCUUGAUGAGUCAGUGGCCUACGUGAAGGCAAGAUGUACAGAUUGUCAAUGCAGUAGCUAUCAUAUCUUGGACGCUCUGCACAAUUUUGAAAAUGAUAACAAUCGAGAAUCAUAGGAGUGAACCCUCUCUUUGUUGACUUGCAGCUGCUCUGUUUAGUUUGUGGUUAAGAUUACUGUAUAAUCAGAUGACCAGGACAUGUAGAACGAGAUUAUUGAUAAUGUUUGAAAAGUCGUAUAGGAUUGAAAAGUUUAAAC